UCCGAUGCAUGGAAUGUUUACUGGCAUGAGCGUUGUUGAAGCAUUUGCCUGGGACUUGCUCUUGUCAACCUUUCGACCGGUUAUCAACGGCUCAGGUCGUCUCAACUGAUACCCGCCUCUUGCCUGACUGAUCAUUAAACCCUAAAUCAGCGUAUAUAAGCGUUGUUCUGGGGAGAAGUGCGCACCUUCUACCUGGCAUCGGCCAACGCUGACGCCGAAGCCUGCGAUAGGAGGCGCGCACAAAAAGAGAAAGCGCGGAAACGCAGUUGGGCGCACGCAGAGAGAGAUGGGCUGCUGUAACAGGAGGUGCGCACUCCUCACCGGAGCCGUCGUCGGGGCGGCGGUGGCCCUGCUGGGGGGCAUCUUGAUCCCGGUGGGGAACAAUCUCAUCGAGGAAACGGUCUUGCAGGAAGCCGUGAUCACACUCGGAACGCCGGCGUAUGACAACUGGCUGUCACCGGGGGGAGCAGUCUACAGACAGUUCUGGUUCUUCGACGUGCAAAACGCCAGGGAGGUGGUGGAGGAAGGUGCCGCUCCGGUUGUGGCGGAGAAGGGACCAUACACCUACUUGACCAGGUACUUGCCCAAAGCCAACGUCUCCUUCCACGCCAACAACACCGUCUCCUUCUUGCUCCCGCUGGGUGCCACCUUCGAGCCGUUCUUGUCGGUGGGACCGGAAGAGGACAUCAUCACCUCCCUGAACUUGGCCGUGGCGGGGGUGUAUUCAAAGCUUCCAAUUGUGCUGCAUCCUGUCCUGGAGACCAUGAUCAAGAGCACCAACUCGUCCUUGUUCCAGCAGCGCAGCGUCCGGGAGCUGCUGUGGGGGUACAAAGACCCCAUCUUGAAAGCCACCGUGGGCCUUUUUGCACCCUACAACGGCACCUUUGACGGCUACUACACGGUCCACACCGGCAAGGGUGACAUCGGCAAAGUGGGCACCAUCGACACGUGGCGAGGAUCCAGGAGCUUGCCCUUCUGGGACGACAAGUACUGCAACAUGAUCAACGGGACAGAUGGUUCUAAUUUUGCUCCCUUUAUGGAUCCGACAAAGCCCAUCUACUUCUUCUCCUCCGACAUCUGCAGGUCGGUGUCGGCCAACUUUGAGCAUUCCUCGGAGCUGAAGGAGAUCCCGGUGUACCGCUUCGGACUGCUGCCGUCCACCUUAGCCUCGCCGGUGGACAACCCCGACAACCACUGCUACUGUCGGAAUCCCAAGACCACCAAGAACUGCACCUUGGCAGGAGUGCUGGACAUAAGUUCCUGUCAAGACGGACAGCCCAUCUACAUCUCCUUGCCGCACUUCCUUCAUGCUACGCCGUCCAUGCAUCAGGCUAUUAAGGGGCUCAACCCGAGCGAGGAACACCAUAAGACCUACCUAGACGUGGAACCUAUCACGGGAAUUACCCUCGGCUUUGCCAAGAGAAUCCAGGUGAACAUGAUGUACGGACCCUCCAAGAUCAUCACGGUGUUGAAGAAAAUCAACGAAAGCAUCAUUUUCCCUUUGGUCUGGAUGAACGAGACGGCGCAACUGGGCGACGAUGCUGCCAGCCUGCUCAAGGAGGAGCUGGUGGACCGGAUCAAGAUGCUGGACGUGGUCCAGAAGGUCCUGCUGGGCGCGGGCCUGGCCGUCUUCGCCCUUUGCCUCAUCGGUUGGAAAAUGUCCGAUGCUGCUCUUUGAUACGGACUUAUUAUUUACAAUGUCACUUUGAUAGUGCUACUGUGAUUUUUGUAAAGGGUAAAACUCGCCUUGGAGUCGUGUCACUUUAAUUCAAAGAAUCAGGGAUUCGGGGGGCCUUCAAGUGCAAUCCGAGAAGCCAUUUCAAGACUACGUGAUGCCGAUUCUGUUGAUUUGUGUUUAUUAAGUUUUGUUGCUUCAAAGGAAUAAAAGCAAAAGUAUC